AAAAAAAAACCUCUUACAUACAUGUACAAUGUACAGGAGUUAAAAUUAUUCCAUUUCAUACCUAGUUGGUACUGCCAGAUGUUGCAUAAUUGGGCGUCCCUACAGAGGCACAUCCAUCUGAUGGCUCCCAAAUCUCACCGCAUCCGCCAACUUGCAGCAGCAGAAGCAACAAUGCAAGGCACCAGUAAGAAACCUAGGUCAAUUUCAACUGAAGCACCAGCAGCAGCAGAUACACCUUCGUCUUCAAUGAAGCAUUCUUUCUCCAAAUAUGCUGAAUAUCUUAAUCAAUUAAAUGACAAGAGGGAACGAGUAGUGAAAGCAAGUCGCGACAUCACUAUGAAUAGCAAAAAAGUGAUAUUUCAGGUUCACAGAAUCAGCAAAAAUAACAAAGAUGAGGUGUUGGAAAAAGCUGAAAAAGAUCUUUCAGCUGUUAAAGAUCAUUAUAUAGCCCGAUUAGUUAAUGAAUUACAAGGAACCGAUUUUUGGAAGCUAAGACGUGCAUACUCUCCCGGGAUUCAAGAAUAUGUCGAAGCUGCAACAUUAUGUAAAUUCUGCACUACCGGUACCCUGUUGAAUCUUGAUGAGAUAAAUGCAAUGUUGUUACCACUGAGCGAUCCGUCUCGUGAGCCUUUGCAAAUUAAUAUACUUGAUUAUAUAUUGGGGCUUGCUGACUUAACUGGUGAGUUGAUGAGGUUGGCGAUUGGGCGAAUAUCAGAUGGUGAACUUGAAUAUGCUGAAAAGAUAUGCAGAUUUGUGCGUGAAAUCUACCGAGAACUUACACUCGUGGCUCCAAAAAUGGAUGAUAGUUCAGAUAUGAAAACGAAAAUGGAUGUGAUGCUUCAGAGUGUAAUGAAAAUUGAAAACGCUUGCUUUAGCGUUCAUGUGCGAGGAUCAGAGUAUAUCCCGCUAAUUGGAUCGGAUGAUGCAAGUUACACCUUGUUGGGAGUGCCCAACUUUGAAUAAUGUAGCGACUUCUUUUUUUCUUUUUGUAUCUGGCCUUAACCGAUGUGAAUGAUUUCUUCGGCCUUAAUCAAUGGCAGGAUGAUGUAUCGUGUAUAUCUCCUUCCAGUAUAACAAUGGCAGCAGGGUUACAUGAGUCUAUGUUUUAAGGUUUAAACCAUGUAUCUUAACUUAAACAUGUUAAUGGUGUUCUGAUGAUGAUUACUUUUGGUUAAUGUCUAUGGUGAAUGCUGUUCUUCAGCAGAUAUGCUA